UCUGGGUUAGGGUGGUGCUGUUAGGAUGCUCUUUACUGUGUGUGUACUUUGUGUGUGUGUGUGUGUUUAGGGCCCAGUCGUUUGCAGAGAGGUUGCGUCUGGGUAUUGCAGUGAUCCAUGGAGAGGCCCAGGAUGCAGAGUCAGACCUGGUGGAUGGAAGACACUCCCCUCCUACUGUCAAGAUACCACUGUUGAUCCCUAAAGAGAAGCCUCCCAUCACAGUGGUAGGAGACGUAGGAGGACGCAUCGCCAUCAUAGUGGACGACAUCAUCGAUGACGUGGACAGUUUCGUGGCGGCCGCGCAGACGUUGAAGAGGCACGGAGCGUACAAGAUAUUCGUCAUGGCGACGCACGGCAUCCUCUCCUCCGAUGCACCGAAACUCAUAGAGGAAUCUGCCAUCGACAAGGUGGUGGUAACCAACACUAUUCCUCAUGAGCAUCAGAAGCUGCAGUGUGCUAAGAUCCAGACGGUGGACAUCAGCCUGAUCCUCUCUGAAGCCAUCAGACGAAUCUACAACGGAGAGAGCAUGUCCUACCUGUUCAGACACAUCGGACUGGAGGACUGAACACACACACACACACACACACACACACACACACACACACACACACACACACACACACACACACACACACACACACACACACACACACACACACACACACACACACACACACACACACACACACACACACCCUGACCCCUCUACAACGGAGAGAGCAUGUCCUACCUUUUCAGACACAUCGGACUGGAGGACUGAACACACACACACACACACACACACACACACACACACACACACACACACACACACACACACACACACACACACACACACACACACACACAC